AUGAAAAUUAAAGACACAUAUGGGGAAGAUGGAAAUGCGAGCGAUAUGAACACUUUCAGUAUUUCAGACAAGCUUGGGUUUGCCUCUGCUGCUACCACAACCUUUCAGAUAAGUGAGCCUCAAAGCCAAAGAAAGCCAUCCACAUGCUGUGCUCGGACAGCCCUUGGCAUCUACCUGCUGCUGCUGACGGCUGGCCAGGGGCUGCUGGUGUACAAAGUGUUUAUGAUGCAGACAGAAAUAAUGAAACUUCAAGAACAAAAUGCCACCUAUACAGAAGAGAUUCUGGAAAGCUAUGCCAACAAAAUGAUUUUGGGGAAAAGCUCUUCUGAGAUACACAUGGAACAUGAAGAAAACUGGAGGAGAAGCUUAGAAGAGGAAAUCACCAUAAUUAAAAGCAGCAACACAAACCUGAUGAUGAUGAUGAACAACAUCACCCUGGUUGCAGGGCCUCCUGGAAGCAAAGGAGAUCCUGGUCCACCAGGUAUUUCAGGGCUACGGGGACCACCAGGGACAAAGGGAGACCAAGGAAUCCAAGGCUUACAUGGACCACAGGGUGCAAAGGGGAGCAAAGGAGAUCCUGGUCCUGCUGGAGCAAGUGGUGUACCAGGAGUGAGAGGAGAAAAGGGAGACAAGGGACUUUCAGGUCUUCAAGGACCAAAAGGUGACACAGGAGAGAAGGGAGACCCUGGGCCCCGUGGAGCCAUGGGUCCUCAGGGACAUCAAGGAGUUCCAGGACUACCAGGUUUCAAUGGUAGCACGGGGAUGCCUGGACCUCCAGGGCAGAAGGGAGAGGCAGGUGUACCUGGACAGCGUGGACCUGUGGGAAGUCCUGGACUUGAAGGGAGACCUGGUCAGAAAGGGGAGAAGGGGAACCAGGGGCCCAUAGGUAGCCCAGGAGUACCUGGCAUUGCUGGACCCAGAGGUGAAAAGGGAGAUCAAGGAACAUCAGGUGUUCCAGGGCUAAAGGGAGCAAAGGGAGAUCAAGGCCUGCCAGGAGCCCCAGGCCCAAGUGGUCAAAAAGGAAGCAAGGGUGAUAAUGGCACUCAGGGUCCAAAAGGAGAACCUGGACUAAAAGGAGCCAAGGGAGACAGAGGACUUCCUGGUUCCACAGGAGCAAAAGGGAGCAAAGGUGAAAAGGGAGAAGUCAGCUACAGUCAUCUUAUACGACUUAUGGGAGGGAACAAGAGGGGCCGUGUGGAAAUCCUUCACGAAGGGACCUGGGGGACAAUCUGUGACGAUGGCUGGACCAUCCAAGAGGCCAAAGUUGUGUGCCGAAUGCUGGGAUUCAGCCAGGCAGUCUCUGCCUUCACAGCCACGGCAGGCACUGGACAAAUUUGGCUUGAUGACCUGAACUGCAGUGGGAGUGAAAUAUCAAUUUUCGAGUGCAGAAAGCCUGGCUGGGGUGUCCACAACUGUGCCCACAGUGAGGAUGCUGGAGUGGAGUGUGUUUGA